AUGCCCAUCCCCACUCCUAUCCCUGAACCCAACCUCGACAGACCGAUCCUGACAGGAACAGGGGUCCCCAUCUGCGGCUGCACCGGCAUCCUCCCAAACAACAGCUCGUCCAUCUCGUAUCCUUCCCUUCCGGAUCCAUGGGGGGUUGAGGCGGAUGACGGUGUACCGGAGACGAUAGAGAGAGGGUGGGAGAGGUGCUGCUGGAGAAGGGACUUGGGCUUGGGUUUAGAUUUGGGUUUUGAGGUGGGUGCGGGUGUGGGUGAAGGGUUUGACGUUGUUGCGGAAGAAGGAGGUUUGGACAUCAUGCUGAGUAGUUGGGCGGUGGAUGGCGCGAUGGGAACGGUCGACGGGCUUGAGACCGAGGGGGUAGGUAUAGUAGCCGAGGCCGAUGGUUGGCUUUUCCGAGGUGCUUUCUUGGCUGACGAGGACGCGCCUUGCUCCUCAGCUCCAAUCCCGCCUGAGCUGAUCUUCCGCCUCUUCGCUCCCUUCCCUCCUGAGGCAGCACUCGUACUGCCUGGAGUAGAGCCCAGACCAUUGACAUUGAUCACCGCCCGCGCCAACAUCCCGAGCUCUUCCGCGUCUCUCUGGAGGUGGUCCGUUUCUAAGAGGUACGGGUCGAUCGCGCCGGAUAUGGUGGCCGAGCUGCUAUCAGACUCGGAGGAGUCGCUGGCGGAGUCGGAUGUAGAGGUUGAGCCGGAAGAUGACGAUGAUGUGCUCGUGGAAGAUGAUGAGUUGGAAGAGAAGGAGGUGGAAGUGACGGGUAUGGAGGAGGCGCGUGAGGGGAGGGUAGAGAGGACGUCGGCUUCUGUGAUUUCCGCCAUGUUGGUUCGAGAUAUGCAGCUUGUCCGUGCGCGUAUUCGGCUUGAUUCCGAAAUUGCUCCUGGCUGGAGCAGAGAUAACGCCGCCAAUUGCCGCGUGCCACGUCUGCGCUACCAGCUGCGCCACAGAACGUUGCGACUCAUUCCUCAUCGAUUCAUCAUUAUAACCUUCCCCUUCACCAACCUCAUCACAAUGAGUACCGGCGUCACAAUCAACGUUGACGGGUACAUUGACGACAGGAUGCUCUUCGCCGGGCUCCCUUUAUCAUGCCACCAGCGGCUCGGAUUCUUCCGCUGUCAUAUCUGCGAGUCCGGGGUGACCUCGGUCACAAAUCAUUUCCUCAACCGCGGACGCGAGCGCCAUCCUGAUCUACUCGGCACAGUCAGCUCCAAGCACAUCAAACUCAUCAUCGCGGCAUACCCAGAACGGAAGACUCGCACCCCACUCUCGUGCGCCGAGGGAGGGCGCUACCAUAGUCACAUCCCGGGAAUUUUAACCGCGGAGUCUGGUUUGGAAUGCCGGGGAUGCGGAUUCCUCGCCGAUACGCGGGGCAACAUGGCCACGCAUUCUUUCUGGGCUCGUUCUCCGAAUUGCAGGAAAUCCACCGCGGUGGAGCAUAUACAGUCGAUAUACAGUCGCAGCUCCACUCGGUGGUUCAAAUCCUCGGCGGAGAUCCACCCCGCGCCGGCGCCGGCGCCACGGUCCUCGGCUCCGCGUAUCGAGGAGGCCUUACUACCAGCUGCGGGAGGGUUCCCACAAGCUCCUGCGGGGCUUGUGGGACCAAGGGUUGAUCUCCCUCAACAUCCACCACGUAGACGGCCGUGCCCCGCUCCAGCGGCCGCGGGUUCUGGCGAGCUCGAUCCCGUGAUCCCCCUGCGACCCAAUCGGAGAAACGCUAAGCGGCGGCGAUCAGUCGACCCCAAGGUCGGUACGGGAGCUUCACAGCAGCCCGCUGCCGGGCCUAUCGAAAGAGGUGCCAAAUCCGCUCGCCACCAUUGUCGCAAGGCAGCCUCUCCCCCUCGUCUGGCUUCUUCGAGCGAUUCUGACGAAUCCAACCUCCCUGCUCCUCGGCGCGUCCAGUUGGGUAUCGCGUCUGGACGGACAGCGGCCCAUACUCGGUCACGGUCACCAUCUCCUGCUGCACCAAGCACCGCUCGGCGAGGAGACCCGAACGAGAGCAUUGUUCCGCGGGCCGGGACAUCUGCGUCUGAAACGGAGACUACUAUGCUUCGUUUGGCGCUGGCGAAAUCGGAGGCGAAGAAUAAGGAGAAUGAGGUGCGAAGGACGGAGCUAGAGGCAGAGCUGGGGCGCAAGGGUUUGGCACGCAUGCGGUGGCGGAAAAGGCGCAGGACAGAGGCCAGAGAGGCGACAGCAGCGGCGGAAGCGGCGAGCGAGAACGCCCAAAAGGCGAAAGACGAGCUAGAGAUCGCUCAGGUGGAGGAGAUGAUGAACGUGGAGGAGGCAAAGGUCAAGGCAAAGGUCAGAGCAAGGGAGAGAGUGGACAAGGCUGCGAAAGAGGCAGUGGAAGAGAUUGAGCGGGCGAAGGCGAAACUGCACAAUGCCCAACAGGCGGCCGAACGGGAUAUCAAGGGAGCGGAGGAGAGGGCAGCGGGGAAAGUGUAG